AUUCAAAAGGGCACAGCCAAGCUGUGUGUUCUCUGCACAGGGUGGGGUCGUCCUCUCCUGAAGUGGGGGCUCAGACUCCUGAUUCUCCAGAAGGGGUGCCCCAGGAAUGCUCUUCACACAAGUGGGGCAAAAGUCUGAAAAAGAAAAAAACUCCCCGACUCUGCAGAGGGAAUCGUGCUGGAACCACCUGGAGCAGAGGCUUGGAGUGAGGAGGAAAGGGGCCCGUGCACUGGGGUUGGCAUCUUGAAUCUCUGACCACCCUGCCUGGUCUGCUGGGGCCCAGCCAGCCCAAGGAUAAACUAGGGCGGGAAUCGAACCCACACAGCCAUGGGGGACCCCUCCGGCAUCCUCAGGCUGAGGUACUCAGGCCCUGCACCUCACUUCUGAGUCAGGACCAUUAGGGGCAAGAUUGGGUGCCAGAGCAAGACAAAACCCAUGGGGUUCCCAGACCAGACCCAGAUCCUCGGACCAAGAGAGGCCAUCUGAGAACGAAUCAGAAUCACAUUGGGAUCCUCAGAACUUAGGAUCAUGAAUUCUCACAGGUAAGGACACACCAAAAGUAAUGGCAGUUCACUGCAGAGGGUAGGGUUCAAGAACAGACCCAGCAGGCCUUGCUGAAGCUGGAGUAACACAACCUCCUACCCCCAGUCCCUGCCACAUCUCCAAGGAGCCACAGGAGAGCACUGGAGGUUCCCAAGCACCCGGCAGGGGCAGGGCAGCAGACCCUGCACAGCAACCGGAGAGCCCUGCCCCUCUCAGAUUACAGCUGCUGGCCCUCUAGGGAUCUCCCUGCCCCUCUCCACCCAUCAACAGGAUGGAGGUGGAGAGGGGCUUCCCUCCUGCCUGCCCCCUCCCCCAUUCCAUGACCGGAAUUGUGCAGUCAGGUAAGUUAACCAGCAUUCUCCGGGACUCACUCGUUCUCGACCCAUGUCUGCCCACCUCAGAGAGUUUCCCUCCCAGAGACCCCACAUAAAGUGGCUUUCCCAGGCCAGCGCUCAAUGACCUUGCUUUAUUUAUUCUUGUCACCCAACGGCUUCUGAAAUGGGUAUUCAUCCGCUGGCUUGGCCAGUGCCUGAGCUGGUGUGCAGGGUGGGUCCAGCUGCUGUGUCUCCAGCUCCUGACUCAGGGCCCUGCACACAGAAGGCGCUCAAGGCGCUCCAGCCCUGGUAUCAGUCGGCAGCCUGGAUCCUUCCUCCCACGGCUGAAAAGGAUGUUAUCUCAUUCCAGAAUCUCCCUGUGGAGACAAGGUGUGGCGCCCCCCACCCCACCCCCGCUGGUGAUUUGUAUACAUUUGCAUUCGUUUGCAUGGCUUUUCGGGAAGGGGAUCUCCCUCCCCCACCCCCGAAGAUUUCCCUUUCCCCCGGUUUUCCAGUAGGAUGCAGGGCGGCUGGCCCGGCCUGUGAAAAUGUUGGGCUGUAAGAGGAACUCGGUGUCUUCUCCACCCUCCUGGCCCCGGGUGGAGGGCGUAUGCCAACGGGCAACAGAUGCCCGUGUGGCAGCUGCAGGCCCGCAGCCCAGGGAAGCGGCAGGCCCACCCUGCACAGUGCGUGGAGAGGGAGAGAGAAGACAGUCCUGGGGGACACGUGGGGAUUCAAGAGAGACACAGAACCCAGCUGGAGUGGUGUGCAUCGGGCAAAGGAGACCACCAUGGGGCGGCAGAGGCUGGGGAGGACUCUAGUGCCACAGCAGCCAAUUCUGUGGAUUGUUAGAUCUCAUCCAUUUAGGGAGGGAGGUAACCCCGUUUUGGAGGCCAGGCCAGGACUUCAGAGCCUCCAGAGGCCAAAGUCUCACGGGUGCACCAGCGAAGGGUCCCAAGAUGAUAGUGUCUGGGUCCCUUGUGGCAUGACCACAGGCAAGGGACUUCCCCUCCCCACGCCCUGGUCUCAUUUAUGCAAAUAGGUAUAUGCCAGACACUGCCUCCCCGGGUAGUCAUGGGUCUCCAUCUACCUAGGUUCACGGCUGAUGACAGCCCCUCCCCCAAGACUUUCAUUACGUAAUUAAUGCCUGGUACAGGGCAGACACUUAAUGCGUGCUUGACUAGGGAACCAAUGAAUGAAUGAAUGAAGUGGAUUCUGUGUCACGCUCCUGCUAGGCCUGCUUCAAUUUAUUCCUCUGAGGCAUGGGCCAUUUUAUCCCUAUUUACAGAUGGGAAAACUGAGGCCCAAAGAGAAGGAAACACUUCAUCGGGACUUUGAACCCCAGUGUGUCCCACUCAGCCUAAAGGAAGGCUUUGGUGGUGCUCUCCCGCUGGGCUCUUGAGAAACGAGGCGGGUCUAGGUACCAUUUGGAGUUCAAGCAGAGCCAACUUUCCUCAGGCAACCGCGCAACCCUUUAACUGACCGGUCCCGUGGGAGAGUGAGCUCCCCGGUAGCUCAAGGCAGAACAGCACAGUGGGGAUUUGAGUGCUGAAGCCACUGCUCUGGACUUGUGGCCUCCUGUGAGUGACAUGCCAUGUCUGAACCUCAGUUUCGCCACCUGCCCACUGGAGAGAUUAAUAGCCUGCGGUCAGUGCCCCACGAAGCAGGGACAUUUAGGAGCCACCCCGCCCUAAUCCCCCAGCCACCACGUGGCCCGUCCAGGCCUACCCAACCAGUCCAGGGCGGAAAGGGUGCCGGUCCUGCCCGCCCCCAAAUGCGGGGGCGGAGUUUUGCCGACCCGGGAGGCGCAUAAAUCUGCAGCCGGCGGAGAACUGUCCCUUCAAGCCCUGCUGUUAGGGUCUCCAGCUGUUAACGCUGAGCACAAAUUCCUGGGAGAGGGACAGACGGCUGGGCGAGGGGCACGCGGCUGCCUGGGGCAGUGCAGUCGGACCUAAUGGGAGGCGAGGUGGACAGACAGACAGACGUAGGAGGUAGACGGUAGAUGCAGAGGAGGAGCAGGGAGGCCGACCCUUGCGGGUAGGAGCCCAGAUUCCUUGCCCAGGGGGCUUGGGUCUGAGCCCCCUCUCACUGCCUCCCCCCGGGACAGAAGGAGAAGGCGUGUGUCCCCCACAGACAGGGAGUGCAUACCACCUGAGUGGACGGCAGCAGGCUCAGGGUUCCGAGCCCGUCUUCCUUCCUCUUACCUUAGGCAAGAGGCGUGCCUCUCUGUGGAGGACAAGCAUCCUCCACCUUAGCGCAGUCCCGGUUUCUGGGCUGCUGUCCGCUUCUCUCACCCGGGGUGUUCGGGGUUGGCUGGACUGCCCGGUGGGAGGCUGCGCUUGCCCCCCACACCUGUAUGUACCACAUGGAGGACGUCGAGGCGGGGGCGCGGGUCACGUUCGGAGCCUGGGACUACGGGGUCUUCGCCCUCAUGCUGCUGGUGUCCACUGGCAUCGGGCUGUGGGUAGGGCUGGCGCGGGGUGGGCAGCGCAGCGCAGAGGAUUUCUUCACUGGGGGCCGACGCCUAGCGGCCCUGCCCGUGGGCCUCUCGCUGGCCGCCAGUUUCAUGUCGGCUGUGCAGGUGCUGGGCGUGCCGGCCGAGGCCUACCGGUACGGCCUCAAGUUCCUCUGGAUGUGUCUGGGCCAGCUGCUCAACUCUCUGCUCACCGCUGCUCUCUUCCUACCGGUCUUCUACCGUCUGGGCCUCACCAGCACCUACCAGUAUCUGGAGCUGCGCUUCAGCCGCUCGGUGCGGCUCUGCGGGACCCUGCAGUACCUGGUGGCCACAAUGCUGUACACCGGCAUCGUGAUCUACGCCCCCGCGCUCAUCCUGAACCAGGUGACUGGGCUGGACAUCUGGGCAUCACUCCUGUCCACUGGAGCCAUCUGCACCUUCUACACGACUGUGGGCGGCAUGAAAGCUGUGGUCUGGACCGACGUAUUCCAGGUCGUGGUCAUGCUGACUGGCUUCUGGGCAGUCCUGGCCCGCGGGACCGUGCUCGUGGGAGGACUCGGGCAAAUGCUUGAGGUUGCCCAGAACCACUCCCGGAUCAACCUGAUGGACUUUGACCUGGACCCACGGAGGCGCUACACAUUCUGGACUUUCAUGGUGGGUGGCACCUUGGUGUGGCUCUCCAUGUAUGGUGUGAACCAAGCACAGGUGCAGCGCUAUGUGGCCUGUCGCACAGAGAAGCAGGCUAAGCUGGCCCUGCUUAUCAACCAGCUGGGCCUGUUCCUGAUCGUGUCCAGUGCUGCUGGCUGUGGUAUCAUCAUGUUCACGUUCUAUAUAGACUGUGACCCUCUCCUCACAGGGCGUAUCUCUGCCCCGGACCAGUACAUGCCUCUGCUGGUGCUGGAUAUCUUCGAGGACCUGCCUGGAGUCCCUGGGCUCUUUCUGGCCUGUGCCUACAGUGGCACCCUCAGCACUGCGUCCACCAGCAUCAACGCCAUGGCUGCCGUCACGGUGGAGGACCUCAUCAAACCGCGGCUGCCGAGACUGGCCCCCCAGAGACUUGUUGUCAUCUCCAAGGGGCUCUCGCUCAUCUAUGGCUCAGCCUGUCUCACAGUGGCAGCUCUGUCCUCGCUGCUGGGGGGAGGCGUCCUCCAGGGCUCCUUCACGGUCAUGGGAGUCAUCAGCGGCCCCCUCCUGGGAGCCUUUAUCCUGGGAAUGUUCCUGCCUGCCUGCAACACGCCGGGCGUCCUCUCUGGGAUGGCAGUGGGCGUGGCGCUUUCGCUGUGGGUGGCCGUGGGCGCCGCCCUCUACCCGCCCAGCGCGCAGUCCAUGGGGGUCCUCCUGUCAUCAGCCGCCAACUGUGCGGCGCCCUCAGCCAACGCCUCUGGCCUCCUGGGGCCCCUCCUCGCCACCAACACCUCCGGCAGGGCCUCCAGGACCCACCAGGCAGGGAAAGGAGGGAGGACACUCCUGUAGGCCAAGCAGCCACUGCAUGCUGAACACGUCUGCACCUUCGUGCUGCACCGCCUUCAGGACAACACUGCACCUUGCAGGGCUUGUUCUAUUUUGCAAAGGCAGGAACUGAGGCGCCCCCUACCGCCUCUCUAUUCCCUCCAUGUGCCCCAAAGACUAAAUCCUUGCUAGAGUCUGCGGGAUGGGUGGGUGGGGCACUGUCCUUGGUGCUGAAAUAUCAGGGCCUUGGUGACUCUCGGAAUUGGGAAUCCCACAGAAAAGUGGAAAGAGAUCAAGAGAAACUUGCUUCCUGAGUAUCAGACUGUCCAUUUCCCAGGCCUUUAUUGAGUCCUUCUCUGUGCUGAACACUAUUCUGGACUCUGGGGCACAGCAGUGCAUGGCAUCACGUGCUGUAUCCUCCCGGCCAUCCACUGAUGUUGUAUUACAACUUCUCAUUGUGUAGAUGAGAAAACUGAAGGGCAGAGGCUUGCCAGCAUCCCCAGUGGGUCACUGUUGGGUCUGGGGUUGAAACACAUCUGAGCUCUGCCAUCCCCUCCCCAGGACCUGGUCUCCAGUGCCCACUGCCCCUGCACUAAGUACCUUCACUUAUCUCUGCC